AUGGUUGACUACCACGGUCAUUCUUUGACCUUUUUGGCGUCUAUGUCUACCGUGCAAAGACCGACGUCCCCCAAGGAUAUUCCCUGUGACUUGUCGCAUCGCGCGCAAGAUCCUGCAUCGGUGCCUCUCCCUCCGUCACCGCCACCCAUGUCCCUUGAAUCCGAAAUCGCGGGACCAGGUGAGUUGGGUGGCUCGGGCCGAUCCAGCCCCAAGGAGGAGACCACCCCCAUCGCCAAUGGACACAUUCCCGCGGCCGUGCCCGCCCUGGAGGCUCCCCGGGUGACCUUUGAGGACUUUGCGACCCGCUACCACCAGAACCAGCGCAAGCAGGCCCAGAGGAAGCGACUGGAGAAGCGCCUGCGGGCCACCAAGGUCUCCAUCGGCGUUUCAGCCCGCAUGGUUCGGGUCGGACUCACGGCACAGCGGGGUCUGGUCGAGGCUCUCAAGAACGAGGACAAACCCAGUUUCGUGGCUCUCUACCAGACGCUUCAUGAUCUCCAGGAAUCAUGUCGCUCGCCCACAAGCGAUGGCUCAGACUCCACGGAUAGUGAGCCAUCGUCCGGAGCUGACAUGGACCGUUUCCCGGAUUUCUUGCAUCAGUUAAGCCCUCAAUCCCGGACGGACUUUCUGGAAAUCUUGCGGCUGGUUCGCUCUGAUCCCCAGUUCCUGGUCAGUCGCUUACGAAGCCUAUCUUCUUCCCAAUUGGCCGCAUUUACUUCUCCUGCCUCUGUUUUGGACUCUAAUGAUCCCGCUUUUCCUUCAACCUCCCGGUCCAGGGGCCAGUCCUUCCUGAGCCGAACCCAGGCUCAGUCGGCCGCUUUCAAGGACCACGCGUAUGCCUUUGAGAGGACUGACCCGCUAUCUAUACUUCUCUUUAACGUUUUUGCCGCCCCGCUGGACCCAGAGACCCCCGAGUCCCGUUUGCGCAUGGAUGUGUGGUCUUCCGUCUGCGCCCAACUAAUCUCCAACGAUAGUAGUAGAUACUACCCUCUGAUCGGUCAGGUACUAUCCUCCUGGGCCACUGGGAGCAACUGGAAAGCCCGUUCCAAGUUUGAACUCUACCUCAUGGACAUCUUGCAAACCGGUGCAUUUCUUUUGGAGCCUAUAGCCACUCCACCGGGGUUAGAAUUUUCCAUGGAUGCCUUGGAUCCGAUGCGGACGGACGUUGCAGAAGAGUUCUUCGCUUCUGCCGUGGAUGACUUGUUCCAUGUGCUUGAUGAUCCGGACGGUGGAUUCCCUCACGCUGUACUGCAGUUCGCCAAGGCAGUGUUGCAAAAGAUCGACAGCCCUGAAAGCCGCAGUCGCUUCUUGGAAUUCUUGUUCGUCCAGUGGUUCUUCUCGAAGUUCCUCUACGGCGCAUUAACAUAUCCGGAGACACAUGGCCUCCUGCUUGACUUCCAUAUCAGAAAAGAUGCUCGAGAGAAAUUGCUGAACCAGGUCGGGCACCGCGCAUACUCUCAAGUUUUUGCUGUUUUGCGUUCAAUGCACAAUUACUCCAUCUCCCGUCCAAUCGUCAGAGAACAUGUUGAGAACAUGAUAUCUCGAUUCCAACCCACAAUACCCCCCGAGCCACCGGUAGAUUACUUUCCUUCUUUGCAGACUCCACAACCCCCACGGCGAAAUUCACUCUCGACCUUCCUUAUGAUGUCUUCUUUGGAUGCUGUCACACUUCUAGACGCUCUUUUUCAACAUACUCAUACCCCAUUCCAAUCCUCACCAGCAUCCACAGGAGCACCCACUUGGCCAACUAGUCCUUCAUCCAUCAACCUGCGUCCUGACUUCCAUAUGGAAACUGGAUUCGCUCGCUUUAAGCACGACACUAACUCGAGGCCUACGUCAAACAAUGGUUCCAUUUUCUCUGUGGAAGCGCCCUUGCCCUCGGCUUUGGAGAGCUUGUCUGAAAAGGCUGCUCGUAUCCGUUUUGAGAUGACCGAUUUGGACCACCCUAAUGACCGUCUGAGCUUAGAGCACCCUUCGGAUGAACACUGGACAAUCUUCUCCCUCGCAACCGACGGCCAUGGCUUAACUUGGAGCCUUCUUCCGCAGAGCAGAUUUGAUCCUCCCAAGAAUUCCAUUUUGGAUAGCGAUGAAGAUAUGCAUUCCACCACUUUGGGACUGGAGGACAACCACGAGGCGUUGCAAACCGCCAUCGUCAGGCUUGUUAAGGAAAACCGGGUUCAAGGCUCAGGGGAAUAUGAUGUCUACCUUCCAUCUCACACUCAGCAGGGACCUGCCAUGUCUCUGAAGCAGCGAUUCAACGAAGCCAUGUUUUGCUGCCAUCAUGACUCUGAUUUCGUUGGCGCGCAUUACUGGUGGAACGCUUCCAGGCAGCUCGGUCAAAGGGUAGCGCCUAGCUCAUCGAAGACCACGGACGACUCAUGGAUUCUGGGACCAAUGCACGAUUCUUACAGUCGAUCGUUGAAUCAAUCUCGAGUCGUCAUUGAGCGUUGUGAGAGCGACUUUGUAUCUCUUGAUCACAGCCUGCGCCGACUCCAAGCACAAGUGAAAGACCUCUCUGGCACAUUUUCCAAGAUCCGGAACAAGAUGUGGUAUAUGACCGACGUCAAAAACUCUGUGAAGUACGAAGAAGCUAAGCAUGUCGCCAUGGCUCUGAAAACGAUGAUAUACUCGGCUCGUCUGUUCAGCCAAUAUCCAGAGGAACAGCGAUCUCGUUAUGGGCCAAGGUCUCUGAGUGGCUCCCUGUUCCAGAAACCAGAAGUGCAAAUCAUGAACAUGAUGAAGGCAUCAAGUAGCCAGGGUGGGCCUAACAAGCUUUCAGAUGAGCAAGUCGAGUUGACACGCAAGUGGUUGUCGCACAACGGCAUCGAAAACUUCUGCAAAGGCGAAGAGCGGAUUCACCGAUUCUGCUACGAAGUGCGCAUGAGCAUCAACAAACUCGUAGGUGAAACGAUGACCGAUGCCCCUGUCUUGUGGUCAAGCGAGCUCUUCCAAAAAGAACGCUCGAGAUUCGAGGGCUAUGGCUCUCGCGGUUUCCCAGGCCUGUCCAUGCCAAGCACUCCUCGGCCCUCAACCACCACCAGCGAGGACACAAAUCAUGCCUCUCACUUUUAUGGGGCUAAAUUCCCGAUGCCAGACUCGAUAUCUCGUCUUGCUCAAGACACACCUACUUUGGAUCACAAGCCCUCUAUCCAGAGCAUAAUUUCCGAUAAAUGGCGACCUCAACGAGACAUGCCUUCGAUUGAUAUGGCGUCGAUUGGUGGCUCCCCUGGCCGUGCUGCCUCAACGUCCACCGGCGACACGUGCAGUACAUUUUGGUCUGCGCCACAACGGCAUCCUACGUAUGCCGCGAGUGUUUCGAGCGUGUAUUCCAGGCCACCUUCCAUGUUCAGCGAGACAGCAACCCGUCAACCUCGUCAUGUAGAGCGCAAAACCCACGGCAAGACAGCUUUCAUGGACGGCUUGAGGCAGACGUUGACCAGCCUGCUCCUUAGUGACUUGGGCUCUCCGGUUUGGAGCUGCGGCAGUGAGACUGACGCAUGGUUCACCAACGCCCUUGACCAGAAGCGAAUCCAGAUGGAAAUGCGCAGGCGAGCUGCAGUCCAAAGGUUCUACGCUGACUACGAGCAACGCUCUCAAAAUCGUACUCAGCAGCGUGGUGCGCUACUAGGUCGCCGGAGCAGGUCUCUAGACAACCUCCGUGCGUCUGCGAAAUCUUCCGAUGCAGAAGCUUCUUCGAACAUGCCACAUUUACCUUCAGAGUCGGAUGGGGAAGCGGCCUUCUCGUAUAAGAUGGUCUUCCAUCGGUUGAUCGAGGUGUUCUCGCGCCAUGGAAACCCGUUCGUGAAACUCAACGCCUUGCGAGAUCUCAGAUCAUUGGUCAUUGCAUCGCUUACCUCGUCGCAAGAUGCAAGCUCUACGUCCGCAAAUGGCUCUCCAUCUGGUGACCCCGAUCUGAUGCGAAACGCAUCUCAGCAUCAUCGUGCUCCUCGCCACAGCUUCUCUGAGGUGCGACCCUGCGAUCUUCCUCAAAUGGAUGCAGUACCUUCCGUGCCAGAGUCGGUCACAUGUGGUUCUCGACACUCUGACUACUCCACGCCAUCCGAGUCACAAAUCGUGGCUGCUCUGCGCGAUCUGAUAUUAGAAGUCAAGCCAAAGACUCUCUUCAGGGAUCUACAGUUCAUCUCUGCCUUUGUUCCAGGAGACCAGCUCAACAAGAUCGAUCGAGGAACAGCAUUCCUCCAAUUUGGCCUAGCCGCACUCAGCCUCAAAGAAGAGAUCUGCCACAGCAUGGUUGAGAUCGCCGAUCGAAUCGUCUCUCAGGAGCUUUCUCGUCGACAUCCCCCGUUCGCUUCUGACUUCCAUUCCCAACCCGGUCGUGCCAUUCAAGAUGCGGCUGGUAUGUGGAUUAUUACCGCCAAAGAGGGCAACCCAGUCGCGCAGCGUGAACUCGCUAUUCUCUACCUGACUCACCCUGAACUUCUUCCUCGCGUGACCCUCCCUCUGACACUUCCACGGGAUACUUUCAAGGCGGAGAUGAUGUACCGGCGAGAUAAGGACUCUAAAUCAGACCCGCAGAGUAUGUGUUUGGCACUGCACUGGAUGCAGUUGUCGGCUAGUGGGGGUGAUACUCUUGCUCGGAAUCGGCUUCGUGAGCGAGAAGAGUUUGACUCUAUCGCAUGA